CCAGCAUACUAUUUCUUACGAGCAGUGAGCAGUAACUCAUAUGCUCUGUAUUUGUUUUAUUUUAUUAUUCUUUUGUUUUUCCUGGUGUGGAUUGGCCAACGUAAAAGUAUUGAGCAAGCAUAAGAUUCUUGUGAACAUUAUGUCGUAAUAGGCACCCGUCGUGUGUUUUUUCCCCCUUCAAAUUAUAUUGAACGUUUAGGCAUACGAACCCAAUAGAACGUAUGAUUUUUUACGUGACUAUAUCUCUGGUUUGAAUUUAGUUAGUAAUUACCGUAAUUUUUGAAACGUAUGUGUUGUUCUUGUUAUAUAGUAAUGAGCUCGAAUUUUCAGCCAUCGCACGUUAUUCAUCUUCCUAUUACUAUUGGCGACAAAGGAGGGUUAUCCAAAAGUGGCGACUUUGAUGAAGUGCGUGAGAAGAUGCAUUUGGCUAUUUCAAUGAGUAGAACCAAUAUGUUGGACACCGUUCUCGAUGAAUUCAGAGUGGCCUACUUGAGUCUCUCAUGCGAAGAUCGUAAGAAGCUAUUGCUUAUCUUGGCCAAAGAGUAUUACAUCGACAGGAUUCAUGUCCGAGAACUCAUUGAUCAGUACGUCAAACUCAAAAUCAUUAGCCGGACAGAAACAUCUACACCGGAUCUCGAUGGCCCUUUGAAUCGUAUUCGCUGGAGUCUUGGACACGCCCUCAGGCCAACAUAUGCCGUGCUUUUUGAGAGGCUAAACAGAUGCAAUGAAGGGCCGAAAUUUUUAUGCACUCUCCAAUGCGACAUUCUGUUAAUGCUUAGAAAAGAUAAUUUGUCGUCCUUGCGAGCAUUGGAAUCACAUCUAAAAGAAAUAUCUUAAGUAUCCACCGAGACUGUCCAAAGGUUUCACUUUGUCCAAUUACUAGUGGGGCCCUGAAACCAAGCAAUACAAGUUUGUGCUUUUGGCCCAAUUCGAUUGACUAUUGGAGCGGUCGUCAUGUUAAUAAUAGUUUAAAGUGGGUAUGAGAACAAGAGAGGUGGUGAGUUUGAUUCUUCUCACCGGCAGGCGGCAGUUGUCAUUGAAUUUAACUUUCCUUAAAGUUUUACUACGUAAUCAGCCUUUUUAACUUUUAU